AUGACUCAAACGGAAGAGCCCAAACAGCCUGAUGCUUUCACCUGCAGUGGUUUAGUUCGGCAGCAGUGGCAGUUGGCACUCCACUUGUUGUUUCAGAUGCCGGUCUCUGGUAUGAAACUUGACAGCGUUUGCUUCGCAUCCGCCAUUUCCACCUGCAGCAAGUCGGGGCGUUGGAAGGAUGUCUUGAGGUUAGUGGAGGCAAUGCUGCAGAUGGGCAUCAGCGACUUCAGCAUUGCCAGGUACCAGCAUUGUUCCCAAGCUGGCAGCACCCUGGACUGCUUCAAACACUCAGUUUUUCUGAUGCUGCUGCAGAAGCUCAUCUCAGACCCUUCCCCAGUGACUUGCAUCGACACUCACGCAGGGCCUUCGUUGUAUGAUCUUGGAGGUCCAGCUCAGAGGGGCAUCCUGCAAUUGAUAGCACCUCCAUGUCCACCAAGUUUGGGAGGUGACGUUUUGCAUGCAUACAUCCAUGCAGCCAUGGCUGGCACAGCUGGCACAGCUGGCACGCUCGCUGAUCCAUUGGUUGGGAAGUACCAAGGCUCUCCACUGCUGGCGCUUCAAUGGCUGCGGCCACAAGACCAGGCCAUCUUUUAUGAGAUGUCCAGGGAGGCGUUUCUGCAGUUGAAGGAGAAUGUGCAGCAGUCCUUUGCAACCGCAACCGCAACGGUGCAGCAGGGGAAUUCCUAUUGGCACUUGGCACAUCAGCAGUCUGAAAGUCGGAGCUUAAUCUUAAUGGAUCCACCAUAUGAUCCCUAUGAGACAUAUAUGGCCUGGAAUCUCUUCCUUUUGCAGCAUUUCUAUGAGAAGUGGCCUCAGAGUUGCGUCCUUCUGUGGUUUCCAUACCUGGAUGAUGAUCAAGUUGCUGGUCUCUACCAGCGGCUACGGCUGCUACAGCUUGACGAUGUGCUGGUGGCGGAGUUUGGGGUCCAAGAAACUGAAUCGUUGGAAACAUCAGGCUUCAACCUGGAUGCAAAUCCAAGACCCCUGUGGCUGAGGACUGAAGUGCAGUUGCGAGAGCUGUUGAGGUCGUUGGAAUUCCGCAUCUCGCAGGGUUGUGAGAAGCCGGUGAUGAAUUCUGUUUUUUGGCUCAGCGGGCGAAAAAAGAUGCAAUGCGCCGGGAAGUCCUACCGGGCAGAAAAAUAA